UCCGAGAUGCUGUUUUUAAUUCAUCCAAAAAUUUAAUAAAGGUAGGAAAAUAUUUUCUUCAAUGGAGCUGGGAAGUAUAACCGAGUUCCUGAACAACAAGUCCAUUUUGGUCAUUGGUGCAGCUGGAUUUCUUGCGAAGAUUUUUGUGGAGAAGAUAUUGAGGGUUCAACCCAAAGUGAAGAAGCUUUAUCUUCUUCUAAGAGCCGUGGACACUAAAUCUGCUGAAGAACGCCUGCAUAAUGAGGUGAUAGGGAUGGCCUUGUUUGAUGUUUUGAGAGAGCAACAUGGUGCAAGUUUAUAUUCCUUCGUUUAUGAAAAACUGACUCCUGUUCCUGGGGAUAUCUCUUGUGUGGACUUGGGAAUAAGAGACUCGUUGUUGAAGGAUCAGAUAUGGAAUGAAAUUGAUACGGUGAUUAACUUCGCUGCCACCACCAACUUUGAUGAAAGAUACGAUGUUGCAUUAGGUAUCAAUACAUUGGGACCUUUGCACCUCCUGAACUUUGUCAAGAAAUGUAAUAAUGUUAAGGUGCUUGUCCAUGUAUCAACUGCUUACGUAUGCGGCGAAGAUGCAGGAUUGAUACAGGAGAAGCCAUUUCCCUUGGGGAAAUCCAAGAAAGGCACAGAAAUGAUAGACAUCGACAUGGAAAAGAAACUGGUCGAGGAGAAAUUGACGAACCUCCACUCAGAACAUGCUGAAGAGAGUGCGAUCACAUCUUACAUGAAGGAUUAUGGCUCUAAACGGGCCAGGAUGUUUGGAUGGCCAAACACUUACGUAUUUACCAAGGCAAUGGGAGAGAUGCUCCUAGUCCAUUAUAGUAGAGAUACAGUACCUCUAGUUAUUAUCCGCCCUACUAUUGUAACAAGUACUUACCAGGAGCCGUUUCCCGGUUGGAUUGAAGGUGUAAGGUAGUCUGCUACUGCAUAUCU